AGCCAAACCGGAAGUAUAGUAAAAAGCCCGACUUCCGUGUUCUUGUUGCCUUCACGCACAUCCGCCGCAUCAAAUCCAGUGGCAACAGCCUAUACUUGGCCCCCAGAUGGAGGAGGUCAAGAGGAGGGGCCAGGCUCUCCUCACCUCAGGCCAGGUCCAGGAUGUCCGGGCUGAGAUCCAGAAGCUGGCUGCCUUCUGCCUGCCUCUGUCCCAGAAGUACCAUCACAUCAAGGCGGAGACCAUGCUGAAGGAAAACGUGGCCGGUAGCAACAAAGCCGAGGUCUUGGAGUCGUUGGGCAGACUGGUGAAAGCUCUGAGCAUCCUGGAGAAGUACGGCUGCAACCUGACGAGCUCGGCCAGGCCCAAGUACUGGCGCAGCGUCAAGCACAACAACCCGGUUUUCAAAACGACAGUGGACGCUAUGCAGGGCGGCCGGCGAGUCCUCUUCCUUUACGGCUACACCAACAUGCAGCUGGACGGACUCAGUUUCCCCGAAGAAGUCACCGAACCGGAUCAGGAAAAAGUGUCCAUGGUGACGCUGGAGGUUAUGACUUUGCGUUCGGAGUUGGACAUGCUCAUUCAGGGGACACACCCUCACCAGGGACUCUUCAAAGACGUCGUCCCGUUUGUCGUCCGACAGGAUACGAUGGCCACCGAAGUGCACGCCAUCCCACCGAAAGGGGAGGGGCCUGCACGCAAGCCACCACCCGUGCUGCCUAAACCCAUACUAGGCCUCGGACACCCUCUGAAAAAAACAUGCUUGAGUCAGUGCCAUCUGUGUGGCGGCAGAACAGCUGUCCUUUGCCCCUCGUGUGACGGUCAAGCCUUUUGCGAGGAGUGUGACGACCGCUUUCACCGCCACCCUGCCAGGACCAACCACAAGCGAGACCGAGGACUGGAAGCCCCGCAGGACAUGUGUACCAUCUGCGGCGUGUCUCCCGUCCACGCUCAGUGCGCCACGUGUGUGCAGAGGUUGUGCGAGAAGUGCGACGGCCUCUUUCACUCGCACCCCGAGCGCAAAAGCCAUACCCGGACGGUUGUCACGCCCGCCCAGAAAACAAGCAGUGGGUCUUCAUCCGCGUGGACGUGCGUUCACUGCGCCACAGUCAACAAGCCGCCAGACGCCGUGUGCGUCACCUGCAAACGCGGCCCCGUGUCCCCCAACACAGAGUGGUGCUGCAAGAGCUGCACGGUCAUCAACCAAGGAAGCAGCGUCCUCUGCGAGGUGUGUGAGCGCCCCCGUCUGGCCCCUCGCCCGUCCAUCACCCCUGUGCCUGCAGGCCCGGCUCCUGCCUCCGGCAACGAAGCGCAGUGGACAUGUCAGGUCUGCACCUUCGUCAACGCCGUGUCCACGCCGACGUGUGAGAUGUGCAAGUCUACGGCGGACCCAGGCGGACAACCGUCGCCACCACUGAAGACCCCGCCCUCUGUAAAGCCCCAUCAAGCCCCACAUGGCUCGAAGCCUGUGCCGAAGCCCAGGGCGUCAUUGGCGCUGAAGAAGCAGGACCGCAUGCGGGAAGACGGACGCAAGCUCAUCUGCCAGAUCAGAGAGGCAGAGAAGCGAGGCAUCAGUCCUGAGGAAGUGUUCGCCGCGCUGCGCGUGUGCAAGGGCACCAGCGUCGACCUGUGCGACUGGCAGGAGUCAGAACUGCCGCACCUGCUGGACGAAAUCUGCGCCAUGGCCAACUCGGUCCACGCCAGCGUCGCCGGUGCCGACGAGGAGGGUGUCAGGCUGUCCCGAGCCGAGGCCAAGCUGGCCUGGCUGGCGACAGGCGGCGACAUCGAGUGGGCGGCGAGACAACUGCUGAGAGACCGACAAGUUAAGAUGAGGGAGCUUCAGUCCCUGGGCUUCAGGGACGUAUCGCAGUGCGAGGAGGCCCUGCGUCAGAGCGGCGGCGACUUGAAGGGCGCCCUGUCCAUACUGCAGCGCCCCCUCCUGGACCCCUUCCACCUGCACAUGUGGAGCGAGCAGCCCGAGCCGCCAAUCGACCCCAAACACCCCGACAAAGAGAGGAUGUGCCGCCGUCUCCUGGCGCUGUACGACCUGCCCAGCUGGGGGCGCUGCGAGCUCACCCUGUCGCUGCUGCAGGAGCCCGACGUGUCGUACACCCUGGAGGAUGUGGUGGAAGCCGUGAAGGAGUCACACGACCGCGACUUCAUCAGGCGCGUCCUCAACAACGAGUGUCCGUGCUGCCUCAGCGUCUUCCCGCACAGCAAGAUGCGCUCGCUGACCUCGUGCCAGUGCGCCGUGUGCCAGGAGUGCUUCACGCAGCACUUCACCAUCACCGUGCGGGACAAACACAUCCGGGACAUGGUGUGUCCCAUCUGCCGCGAGCCGGACAUCAACGACCCCGAGCAGCUGGACAGCUACUUCUCCACGCUGGACAUCCAGCUGAGGGAAUGUCUGACGGCUGACGUCUACGACCUCUUCCACAAAAAACUGACGGAGCACGCUCUGAUGAAGGACCCCAAGUUCCUGUGGUGCUGCCAUUGCACGUCAGGCUUCAUCAAUGAAGGCGAGCAGCUGAAAGUCACAUGUCCGACCUGCUGCAAGAGUUUCUGCGCUCAGUGCAAGAAACCUUGGGAGCCUCAGCACCAGGAUCUAACCUGUGGGCAGUUCCAGCAGUGGAAGAGGGACAAUGACCCGGAGUACCAGAAGCAGGGCCUGGCUGGCUACCUGAGAGACAACGGCAUCACCUGUCCUCACUGUCGCUUCCAGUACGCGCUGACAAAAGGCGGCUGCAUGCACUUCACCUGCUUCCAGUGCAGGUACCAGUUCUGCAGCGGCUGCAACAACCCCUACUACAAGAUGUGCUGCAGGACAGAGGAGUGCAGCUACACGGGCCUUCACGCCCACCAUCCUCGCGACUGCCUCUUCUACAUGCGGGACUGGGAGUCGGCCAGACUGCAAGCUCUGCUGCAAAGGAGUGGCGUGGACUUCAACACGGAGCCUUCCAAUGCACAGCAGACAGAUGCGUGCGGCGUGAUGGAGCAGAAAGACGAAGGAGGUCAGCAGAUCGAUUCCCCGUGUGGCGGCCAAUCUCAGCCUGGCCAGGCCGGACUCUGCGAGAAGCACUACAGAGAAUACCUGGUGAGUCUGAUUAACGCCCACUCCAUUGACCCCGCCCCUCUGUAUGACAACCACGACCUGGUCCGGGCCUGCGAGAGGUACCAGGUGGACACGCAGCGGGGAGAGGGCGAGGACGACGGCGCUUACCACGCUCGUCUGCUGAAGUGGAGGAGUUCAAGUACCUCGGAGUCUUGUUCACGAGUGGGGGAAGAGACAAGAUCACGGGUACAACAAAGAAGAAAGCUGCAGGUGGACAGCGGUAAAUAUCCCGGACUGGUUUGGGACAACGACGCCAAAACGAUGUUCCGCAUCCCGUGGAAGCACGCCGGCAAGCAGGACUUCCGGAAAGACGAGGACGCCGCUAUCUUUAAGGCCUGGGCCGAGUUCAAGGGAAAGACGUCAGACAACAACCCGGCGGUCUGGAAGACGCGAAUGCGCUGCGCCCUCAACAAAAGCCCCGAGUUCAGCGAGGUUCCCGAGCGGGCCCAGCUGGACAUCUCAGAGCCGUACAAAGUGUACCGCCUGGUGCCCCCCAGCCAGCAAAACAUGCGGAAGCCAAAGAGGAAAUGCCAAGAGAAAAGCAGCAAGAGGUUGAAGAGGAGGAGGAUGAGCAGCGAGACGGACAGUGAAGACAUGUCUGGGGUCAAAGAGUGGACGACGGAGGAUGUCAAAGCUGAGCCGGGUGGUGUCGGCGUCAUGGAGAGCGACCGUGUCCCGCAGGCGGACCACGCGGCGCAGCAGGACGGCGCACCGCAGGAAGGCGGCCUCAGUGAGAUCCAAUUGGAUGUCCGGAUUGAGGAGAGUGUCCCGCCUUUUCGGGAAGAUCAGGACUCCUUGCACGUGACCGUCUACUAUUUGGGCCAGGAAGUGCUCACCCGCCAGAUCCACGGCGACAACGUCCGCAUCCUCUACGCGCCGCCCUCGCCGGUGCCCCCCACGCCGGCCCCCGACAGCCGCUUCCCGCGCAUCCACCUGCCGGACCCUCCGUGCUCGCUGCUGGACAGCGAGCAGCUGCGGGCGCUGCGCGCCUUGCUGCCCUUCAUGGAGAAGGGCGUGGCGCUCAGCUCCACGACGCAGGGCGUCUACGGCCGGCGCUUCUGCCAGGGCCGCGUCUUCUGGACGGGGCCGCACACGUGCACGCCGGGACUGCACAAGAUGGAGAGGAACAUCGACCCGGUCCUGCUCUUCAGCAAAGACGCCUUCAAGCAGCAGUCGGAUGAAUUUCACUUGAGUGGCGGCGCCGCUCCUGACUGCAGCUUCUUUCUGUGCUUUGGAGAAGAACUGAGCAGCUCAGAAGAUCCCUCUAGUAAACUCAUCACUGUUAAGGUCACCUUGGUGCACGCUGAGGUCCAAACCGCUCGCGACUUCCUGGAGUCUUUACCUUUCCUGCAGGGCGAGAUCACGCUCGACCUGGUCCCCGUGCCAACAACACCCGAGCCCCCGCUCUGAAGGUUUUUUGUUUUUUUCCUUGCCAUAAAACCACACAAUUCUUCUUAAACACAUUUAAUCAAGUAAGGAGUCCAGUAGAACUAUGUAAUCACUCAUUUCAACUAGACAGGAAGAGAAUACACCACAAGUGUAAAAAGUAGCUGCUGUCAAAUGUUACCUACGUGAUGUCAGGUUGUCGCGUUGCUGUCCUAACCAGUGUGUGUGUGUGCGUGCGCAGCUUUAAGUGCGUCCUCAGGGCAGCACGAGUUACACUUUUACUGUUUGCUUGUAGUGUACACGGGGAAAACCAGCAAUAAAACCAUCUAUAAACUCUGA